AUGAAUGAGUCAUAUGGUGACCAAUUUAUUGAGCGUUAUCAGAAAUUCAAUUUUUGGGAGGUUCCCCUCUGGAUAAAGGCCAUGGCAAACAUGAAAAAAAAAAGGAAUUUGUCACUCUCUCAUAAGCUCGGUUUUUGCUUUUAUUCUCAAGCAUCACUUAGUGCACUGCGUAGAAUACGCCAUUAUGCAUAA